UAUUUUUGGCCAUUUUACGAAGACAUACGUAAAUAUCAACAUUAGUAAAUCAAUACUUAGUGUUUAUGACGGACUGUUUGUCGUUAUUUGUCAUGUUCAUAUAAAAGAAAACAACUUUUCUUUCGGACUUCGUACAAGAAAGAAUGGACAUUUUGUUUAAUCUCAUCCUUGCUAUCCUUUUUCUUUUUGAACUUAUUGGAGAUUGCUGUGUUUUUGGACUUGAGCAUAAUAGUUCCAGCAUACUUGUUCAAAGUGACGCAGAUCCAUUUACGGUGGGGAGUUCAUACGAAGAGUUCCAUGUAGAUCACACCUCAGGAUAUGAAGUCGAAAUAGUGGAAAAUCCACCUGAGACAAAUCUGAACAUUCUUUACAACUUUGAGCCAAUAAUUUCAAAACUUAACCAUGAUUAUAGCUAUACGUGCUUACUGGACGAAUUUAAAAACACUUUGCUGUGGUGGACUUUUCCCAAUGGAACACUUAAAAAUAAGAGUUAUAUGCUUGCAUCGGCAAUUAAAUAUCUGGAUUUAUCGCAUCAACAAACAUUCAGUGAUGAGGAAUUGUUAAAAAAGAUCGGUACAUUUGGUGUACCUGAUGUACAUGUUUCCGUUUUCUCAGCAGCCCAUAAUAACUUGUCCCACGUUCCAUAUAACGCAUUGACUGUCAUGUCCUUAGAUCUGAAAUUUCUUACACUAAGCGGCAAUAACUUUAAUGUUAUGGUACCCGACUACGGAGGAAACGGAAAAGAAACCAUUACAUGGGCAACAUUCCCGAUUUUACCUACACUAAAAGAGCUGGAUAUAAGUAAUUGCAAAAUUCAACAUUUAACGAGAGAAUCUUUUCGAAAUUUAACCAGCCUGACAAGGCUCUACAUGUCCAACAAUAAAAUCCUAGAAUUGCAAUCCGAUGUAUUCCUACACGCCUCGUUGUUGCAGUAUUUGGAUUUAUCUUUUAUGAAUGUCUUUGAUUACACGUCUAUUCCAACACAAACACUUAAUACCCUUUAUAGGCAAUUAUACGGACUCAAAAUACAGCAACUGACAUUUAAACAUGUGCCUAACCUUAAGUAUUUAGAUUUUUCACACACGAAGUUAUCUAAAAACAGUGCUGUCGCUUUCACCCAUCUCGGCAACAGUUUAAAAUAUCUCAGUCUAUGUUACACCGCAUUCCCCAUGAUUGGCAAUGCUUUGUUAAGGAAUACGGCACUUGUUGCCUUGGACAUGUCAGGAAAUUCUUUAGCUGCAUAUAAUAUAAUCGAUGAUGCAUUUGAAGGUGUCUCGGAGACGUUGAGUGUGCUCUUUUUUGAAUUAUCAAACUUGAAAAAUAUAUCUUGGGUCCGUAACCUUAGUAACCUGCGGAUACUAGGAUUGGCCAAUAAUAAUAUAAAUUCAAUAACAUUUGAAACAUUCACUAAUUUAACAAACCUAGAAGUGCUCGAUCUCAACACAAAUCACAUAGGCAAUUGGUAUAGUCGAGUUUUCACUAAUAACGAAAAACUUCGUGUCCUUAACCUCAGAGACAAUAAUAUCAAUAUUAUUACUUCAGAAAUGCUUAAAGAUUUUAGUUUAUUAAAUUUUUUGAGUCUUGGCGACAAUAACUUUGUGUGUGACUGUCUAUUAAGGGAUUUGGUUGAUGUUAGCAAUUCAAAUAAUAGAAACUUGGAAUGCGCUCACGAAAUAAUCCAGGAAGCUCUGGAGUAUACAUGCGAAAAACUCUCUGAGAACAAAACAGUGGCCGAUGUAGUAGCUUCACAUACACUGAAAAGAUUAAACAACAGAAGAAAAGGCGCAUAUCCUGUACAAAACAUGAAUCUGUCAGCAGCUUUUAGAAAACUUCGAUUUCACUUCAAUAUGUCUGGGAUGUAUCCAAAAACGUGUUCCUCUGUUAAUCCUCAAGCAAGCCCGGUAAUGAUGAAUAAGCUUAACGAAUCGACAAUGUUGAAGUUGCAGCUUUUAGAUUAUGAAGAUGCUCGUUAUUGGUGCUUUAACGAAACGGAAAAAUUGGGCUUUUUCGAUCUGAACUGCCACCAACGGUCUCUUGUCGAAGAUAUAGUUCAUCAACUUGAUAACCUCACUUAUUACGUUGUUGUGAUCGUCGGAACAUUACUGGCUGUUACUGUGGUCGGUGUAAUCAUUUAUGUAAAGCGUUGGCACAUAUACUAUUACUAUUCUUCCAUUAAAUCCGCUGCUUUGAUGUCAGAGGCUGUAAAAGAGAACGAUGAGAGCCUUCGGUCCUCCCACGAAAAUGGAGGCGUAAACAUGAUAUACGACAUAUUUAUUAGUUACUGCCAAAGUGAUCGCGACUGGGUGCUCACUGAACUAAUGCCAAAUGUUGAAGAUAAUGGUGAUAUUAAGAUUUGCCUGCAUGAACGGGACUUUCAGAUCGGCGUUACAAUUCUGGAUAACAUAAUAUCAUGUAUGGAUAGGUCCCGUUCGUUAAUGCUCAUAAUAUCAUCUUCAUUCCUUCUUAGCCACUGGUGCCAGUUCGAAAUGCACUUGGCACAGCGAAGGAUGUUUGAUGUGUGUAGAGAUUGUUUGAUUCUUGUCUUUUUGGAAGAAAUACCAAGACAUAAAAGACCGAAAAAUUUGCAGUACCUAAUGGAUGUAAAGACAUAUAUAAAGUGGCCAGGAGGUAAAAAUAAUAACAAAUCCCGCCCAGAAGAAUGCAGAAUUUUCUGGAAGCGGUUAAAACGUUCAAUGCAAAGAAUUGCUUCUGAUGGUGUUCAAUAAUGGAAUUCGGUAAACAAGUAAUACGAUGCGAUAACUUUCUAGUAUAUCUAUGUGUUGUACUUAAAUAAAUGCGUGUCCAUAUACACCAUCUUACCAAAAUAUGUACUGUUGCAUAACCGUAUUUCCAAAAUUCACAAGGUCCUUAUAUCCAUUAAAUAAAUGUGUUACGUAAGUUACACACCGUCUUGCAGCAAAACAGUUUGAAAUAAAUAAAUUCAGUUUUCACACAAAUAAAAAAGCAAAAAUACGGAGGGUUAAAGGUACAAAUGUUCAACUUUAGUAAAGCCAUGCCGGACUUCAUAUAUUUAUAUUGUACAAUGGCUAAAAUAGUGCAACCACACAUUUAUUUAAGUAUAGCCUUAGUAUUUUUAAAAAUAAAAAUAAUAUAAAAGAGUGCGAGUAAAUCCCAAUAUUUCGUUAUAUCUUUAAAUGUUUAUAUGCACAGCAAUAUAUUUUUAGGAAGAAUGUACCUGAUGUCCUCUCAAUUCUUAUUCGAGAAAAACUUAAUAGUCAAAGUAAAUAAUAUUCAAUUUUA